CUCUGUUUUUCAGAAAUUCUCUGUGUUUGUUCUUCACCUCUUAUUUUUUUUUGCUUUUGGUUGAAGAAAACCUUUUUAACCCUCGCUUCGAUUUUUGGAGCAAUUUUGCUCUGGCUGGAACUUGAUUCGUGAUUUUGGGAACGAUUGUUUGUUUUGUUUUUUUGUUUUGUUCUUCGAUUGGCUGAUUAGGGUUUUUAGAUUUGUGAUUUUCUUCACAUGGGAUUGGGUAACGACGACGAUGCGGUGGCUGAAGAUGGCGAUUAUGGCGAUGGAGGAUGUGGUGCCGGUGGUGGAAAGUCUUUUGGUUCGGUCGCCUGCUCGAUCUGUCUCGAUGUUGUUGCCGAUUCUGGUGAUAGAUCUUGGGCUAAGCUUCAAUGUGGCCAUCAAUUUCAUCUUGAUUGCAUUGGUUCAGCGUUCAACAUUAAGGGGGCAAUGCAAUGCCCCAAUUGCCGGAAGAUUGAAAAAGGUCAAUGGCUUUAUGCUAAUGGCUGUAGGUCGUUUCCAGAUUUUAGUAUGGAUGAUUGGACGCACGAAGAAGAUCUUUAUGAUCUAAGCUAUUCGGAAAUGGCCUUCGGAGUUCAAUGGUGUCCUUUUGGCAGCUUAACUCGACUUCCUUCUUCGUUUGAGGAUGGCGACUUUUCCUCGACUGCUUAUCAUGACCUUUUGGGACAACAUGCUAUUUUUGCGGAGCAUACGGCAGUAUCGUCUGCCGCUCAUCCUUGCCCGUAUAUCGCUUAUUUCGGUCCUAUUCAUCCCUCAUCGUCAAGUUCAAGCGCUUCUGAAGCGUCUAGUUUUAGCAGUCAUUGGAAUGGUCCAUCAGUUCCCAGUGAAAUGCCAUCUUCAUAUGCAUUUCCUGCUGUGGAUCUUCAUUAUCAAAAUUGGGAGCAUCAUUCACCGCCCUUUUCCACGAUGAACAAUCGUGUUGGUGCUGAUCAGCCAUCGGUUGCGUCCAUUGCCCAAAGAUCUGCUACUAGAGUCGGUUCCGAACUACCGAGAUCCGGGAGUGUAAUUCAUCCCUUCCUCGUUGGUCAUAGUUCUGGUGCAAGGGUUGGGAGCUCAGUCGCUUCGUCGAUGAUUCCUCCCUAUCCUGGCAGCAAUGCACGUGCUCGUGACCGAGUUCAAGCUCUUCAAGCAUAUUAUCAACAACAACCUAGCACUACUGGAACCAUUCGCACACCUGCAAUUUCUGGUGCCAGAAGAUCGAGUAGUCACAGAGGGCUGUCACAAGCACCCAUGGCUUCUUCAUCUGAGCAACCCAAUGGCUUUUACUUCUACUCAUCAGCAUCGGGGGGUCGUAAUUUCCAACCGGAAAACGCCAUACCGAAUCGUUUUCACGCUUGGGAAAGAGAUCACUUACCGUCUUUUGGGUUGAGCCAGAUGGAGAGAGAUCAUCCAUCAGGGUGGGGAGAAAUCCAUCAAGGUGCCGCCAGUGUUUCUGAUCCCAGCAUCAGGUCCAGCAACUUUCGCCAAAGGCAUGGUUCGGAGAGAACAUCGUCACAAAACUGGUCAUAGACCAACCAACCAUCAUUUACUUAUCGUUUUCCGGUGAAGAAAAACUAUCACUAUGAUGACUCGAAACUGAAAUUUAUGUAAUGAUUGAGAUGAUGAUAUGUAAUGGCUGCUGAGUCUUUGACGUGUCGAUAGACUCUAAAUGCUGUAAGAGCAGCCGAUAAAAAAAAAACGCUUGUUUCGGGCUGGCGAUACGGUUAGUGUGAUGGAGUUUCUUGAGUUUAUCUGCCCUGGAGAGUAUAGAAUAACAGUAUGAAUUGGAUGGGAAAGCUGAGAUUUGUAGGUCCAAAUGCUUCCUGUUCCAUCCAGUUCAUAAGAUGUUGGGCUGAUUUAGGUGCCUCCAGAGGGUGAGAUUAUUAAAUUCGGUAAAUGUGUUCUUGCAGUGAUAGUUGAAAAUAUUCAGUGUUUAUUUGUAAACAAUUAAAUGUGGUGGUUUCAUGAGCA